AUGUCGCCUGCGGUAGUGCAACACUCCCACCGCCCUACCUCAAAGGUUGCCAACAAGCCCUUCAAAUCGAAACAUGCCACCAAGGGCGCACUAAGAAACGCUGCCAAAGGCAAAGUUGCAGGCCAGGAGAAGGGCCAACGCAGAACUCCACACCAGCACGUCAUGUCCAAGUUUGACCGUCGAAACCAGGCGAAGCAACGUCAGCUGGCCAAGCGAAAAGAACACAUCGAGGAGACGGCAAUAUUUUCUGGUCGCGAUGGUGCGCCGAGGAUUGUCGCAGUUGUUCCUCUGUGCCCCGAUAGCGACCCCAGUUUCGCCAUCAAACAACUGACCCAGAGUGUCGACAUCGAGGCCGAGAUCGAAGACCGUCCGUUCCGAGUGUCCGUGGACCGAUUCAAGCAGAAGCUUCAGUAUGUGCCUCUGAAGCGUGAUCUGACCUCCGUCCUGGAUGGCACGAGGGUUGCCGAUUUCGUGGUGGUCAUGCUCAGUGCCGACGAGGAGGUCGAUCCACUCGGCGAGCUGAUGCUCCGCAGUCUUGAGAGCCAGGGCCUGUCUACCCUCGUCACGGUCGUGCAGGGCAUGGACAAGCUCGAGCAGGCGAAGCAGAAGCAACAGGUCCUAAAUUCCCUCAAAUCUUACAUCACGCAUUUCCACCCGGAUCAAGACAAGCUAUACGUACUCGAUAACCGACAGGAUUGCUCCCACUUGAUGCGCUCGCUAUGCAGCACGACGCCCAAGGGAGUCCGGUGGCGAGAUGAGAGAAGUUGGAUGCUGGCCGACGAAGUCCAGUUCCCUACCCCUGAGUCGACCGUGAUCACUGGGGUUGUGAGAGGCAAAGGUCUCAACGCCGAUAGGCUAGUUCAAUUGGGAGAUCUCGGGACAUACCAGAUCGAGAAGAUUGUGGCCGCGCCUCUGCCCAAGAAGAGGAAGAAGGGCGAUGAGAUGCCGGUGGAUGAAGAGCAGCCGGAGGUGGUCUUAGGAACACCCACCGAAGACCAAGAUGAUCUUGCCGAUCUUGCCCCCGACGCGGCCAUGGAUGGAGAUGACGAGAUGGGAGAUGGCACAGAAUCGGUAGCUCCUUCGUCGAAAAAGGGCGUGCUUCUUGACGACCACCACUACUUCUCUGACGACGAUCGCGAAGAUAUCACUGCGAAACCCAAGAGGGUUCCGAAGGGCACAUCUAGUUACCAGGCCGCCUGGUUUCUGGGAGACGAUGUGUCCGACUCAGGCUCCGACAUGGAGGAUUUCGAGAUGCAAGACGAGCCCGAACGCGAGGAAGCGCGACCGGAAGAUGGGCUGGAAGGCUAUGCCCCGAAUGAACAGGAGCCGACUGAAGGUGCGCCGUCGGAGUAUCCACAGUCGGAGAUGUUCGUCGAUCUGGAUGACGAUGAGGACGCACAGCAACUGGAAGCAUACAGAAAGAAGAGGAAGACGGACGAGGUCCAAGACGAUAGGGAAUUCCCCGAUGAGAUCGAGCUGCCCGCCAACGUCAUCGCCAGGGAGAGGCUCGCACGGUACAGGGGUCUCAAGAGCUUGAGGACGAGCGAGUGGGUGGAGGACGAAGACCGCGCGCACGAGCCGGAGGACUGGCGCAGGCUGCUGAAGAUCUCCGACUACCAGGGUUCGCGUUCUCGUUUCGCGCGGGAGGCCCUUGUCGGCGGCGUGGCCCCCGGAACGCGGGUCCAUGUGUAUCUGAGAGGAGUCCCCGCCAGCUUCGAGAAGACGUACAGCCCCGACCGGCCAGUGACUCUCGUGUCACUGCUGAGACACGAGCAGAAGAAGACGGUUGUCAACUACAUCAUUAACCUGAGCGCCGACUUCCCAAGGUCAAUUAAGGCCAAGGAAGAGCUCGUCGUGCAGUGCGGGCCCCGACGUUUCGCGAUCAACCCCAUCUUCUCCCAGCCGGGCAAUACACCCAACGAUGUGCACAAAUUCUGCCGGUACCUUCACCCGGGACAGUCGGCGGUCGUCAGCUUCAUGGGACCUGUGACUUGGGGUGCCGUUCCGGUUUUGUUUUUCGAGCGAACUGUCCCCGGCACCGAGGAUGCUGGCCAGGAGGCCGAUGGGCAGCCGGAUAUCGGCCUGACCUUGGUCGCCACCGGCACGGCGCUUCCUCCGUCGACCUCGAGAGUCAUCGCCAAGCGGGUCAUCUUGACGGGCCACCCCUACCACAUUCACAAGAAGAUUGUGACGGUUCGAUACAUGUUCUUCAACCGAGAAGACGUGGAGUGGUUCAAGGCCCUACCGCUGUGGACCAAACGUGGCAGGUCUGGAUACAUCAAGGAAUCGCUAGGCACACACGGAUAUUUCAAGGCGACGUUCGACGGUCGUAUCAACCCCCAGGAUGCCAUAGGAGUGAGUCUGUACAAGCGGGUGUGGCCGCGCAAUGCUCGUCCAUUGGAUGGUCCACUUCUUGAUGCGCAGGCUGGCCAAGCGGCGUCUGACGAUAUGAUGAUCGGAUGA